AUGUUAAAAGAUUGCUUGGAUUAUGCUCGAAGAUGUCAAACAUGCCAAUUUCAUGCAAACUUUAUGCACCAACCUCCUGAUGUGCUACAUCCCAUGGUUGCAUCUUGGCAAUUUGAUGUUUUGGGGCAAGAUGUGGUUGGACCGCCACCUAAAUCUUCUGGUGGUCACUUGUACAUCUUGGAUGUGACUGAUUACUUCUCAAAAUGGGCUGAGGUUGUAUCCCUCAAAGAAGUAAAGAAGGAAAAUGUUGCGAACUUCAUUAGGGUGAAUAUCAUCUAUCGUUUUGGCAUUCCUAGUUAUAUACUAACAUAUAAUGGAAAGCUAUUUGCCAAUAAAUUGAUGGAUAAGAUCUGCGACCUUUUUGGCUUCAAGCAACGUAAUUCGUCAAUGUAUUAUGCGCUGCAAAUGGACUAG